AUGAACGAGUCGAUCCCACCCAUUGAAGCUCUUCAGAAACCAAAUGCGCCAAAAAGUGAGGGCUCUAUACAUGGAAUUGAGUGGUGGAGACGAACUUUCCAAUACAAGACGGGUUUGGGAUUAACACCCAUUGAAAAGAAGCAAUACGAAAACGAUUACGAAUUUGUCUUGCAGCGCAAGCAGUGUAAUGAAUGCUACAAAUACCGAGACUGGAUUUUGCAGUAUUCACCCACCGUGACAUUCAUGGCACAACAAAUUGCAAGACUGAACAGUGGUGCUCAAAAAUCCACAGAUCAACCGCUUUUGAAGUUUGACGAAUCCAAAAUCAUUUGCGAUGUGUGUCCCGAGUGGAGGAGUGGCGGGUUCCACCCAGAGCUUGGGAUUCUAUUGUGUCAAAACCGGAUUCGCGAUAAAUGGCAUCUCGAAGACACGCUGGCACAUGAAAUGGUCCAUUAUUACGACAACACCAGAUGGAUGGUAGAUUGGCUCGAUUUGAAGCACCAUGCUUGUUCUGAAAUUCGUGCAUCGAGUUUAAGCGGCGAAUGCCGUUUCAUGCAAGAGUUUGCUCGACGUGGACUUGGGUUCAAAGUCAAUAGAGGACACCAAGAUUGUGUUCGUCGAAGAGCAACGCUCAGCGUGAUGGGGAACCCAAACUGUAAGAACGAGCAACAUGCGCAAAAGAUCGUCGACGAAGUCUGGGACAGUUGUUUCGGCGAUACGCGUCCUUUCGAGGAAAUCUAUCGAUAG